UGAUCCAAAGGCAUCACGUGACCUAGCCAAGUUUCUUUGUCUUUUGCCUUCGCUUACCGACUUAACAAUGAGGGAGUCUUAUCAUCUAUGGCUACAUGAUGAUUUCUACCAUGAGCUUGCUCUUCUUGCUUCUUCCUCAAAGAACUAUUUCUUUAGCAAGAAGCUACACUUGGAUGAAAAGUCAGAAGAGUUUAGGCAAAUGGAUCUUGGGCAACAACGUGAAUACAUCAGACAUCUCCUUCACCCCACAUUCGUCAUUCCACCAAAUUUAGAUGUUCCCUCCACCAGUGGAAUAAGUGUACAAAGUGACAAAAUACCUGAAGUGCCAGCAGAUAUUGACACAGGCAUUCAAGAAGCAAUUAGGAAGGGAGAAGCCCCGUGGAACAGAUCUAGAAUAAUGGUCAUUGGUCCUGCAGGUGUUGGCAAGACAAGCCUAAUCCGUCGACUCACAGGACAGGAGUUUAAUCCGGAGGAAAAAAGUACUAAAGGAGCGGAACAGAAUGUUGUGACCAAGAGCGCAAUUAGCAGCUGGGAAUUAGUUACUGACACUCAAACAGCCAAAGACGACAUAAUACGAAGCAUAGCAAUGGACCCUAACUUCGGGAGCAACAGUCCGUCUGUGAACUCCGUUUCCGAAGUGGCAGGGAGAUCAGGAAGUCCAGGUAUUACCUAA